AUGCUCCAUGGCAGCGAGAGCGACACAACAGGACGCUCGGUCCCUUCGCUGUACGAGUCGUUCAAGAUGGCCGCCGUCGCGACUCCUGCCCACCAAGUCACUCUUGUUUCAGCAGAGGAUGAGCAUGGCGAGGAGGAGUGCCCCAUUUGCUGUGAGAGUCUGAGCUUCACCUACCGCCUGCCUGGCGAGAAGCCCCAUGUCGUUCCGGAAUGUGGUCACGCCCUCCACGAGGAGUGCUUCGUCACCGUGUACGGCAAGGUCUUGCCGUCCGGUUCUUCUCGCAACAUUGGUGUCUGUGGUGUCUGCCGUCAACCAAUGCGAGUCAGUGGCACAGGCGGAGAGCGCAGUAUGGGCAAGAACAAGCUCGCCGCAUUGAUGGGGGGCGAGAACGCGUCAGGAUUGCCAGUCAUGGGUAAUGGAAGGCCAACUUCGGUUCACGGCGCAGAACACCUGGAUGGCAAUGGGGACGAUGGCGUCGAGCCUGUGCAGCAGCAAGGAGCUGGCUUGCCAUCUCGUAUGCAGGACCAACACGUCAAGGUCGUCAUCCCCCGCAUCUCUAUCCUCUCCGAGUACGCUUCGGUCCGUCGGGUCAACAACGGCAAGCAGAUGGUCACGGCGAUGGUUUCGAUCGAUAUCCCUCCCGCUGCGGAUAGGAGCAAGUACGCUGCCCGAACCCUUACGCCACCGCUCCCCUCCCCACCGUCUGCUGCAUCAUUCCAUGACGCACUGGCUUCCCAACCCCUCAGCCAACCGCUGUCUCCCAAGCUCCCGAGUCCGUUCACCCAUGUCGUGGCCGACCUGCGAAGGCGGCUGGAAAACUACAAGAGCCACGGGAUCGACACGCUCGGCCCAUUGCGACUUUUCGACAUCCUCAAGGUCCGCAAGGGCACCUUCCAAAAGGACUUUCACAUCUACCUCUUCCAAGAGGCGCUCAUCUGUGUGUCUGAGGAGCGCAAGUCGGGCAUCCGCAACAUGUUCCACGGUUCCAGUAAAUCCAACGGCGACAGCCAUCGUACUGUGCUCAAGCUGCGUGGGCGGAUUUACCUCCGCCACGUUCACCACGUUGUCGACGCGUCGACCAAAAAGGAGCUCAGCAUUGCUCUCACCAUGGAAACCGAGCAGGAGGGUAUUGACUCGUUUAUGCUCUCAUUCAGUGACCGGAGCAGCCAUGAAAUGUGGAAGACAACAGUCACCCGGCUCGUCGAGGAGGCGAACAACCCUGUCCCUCCCUCACACAUCGUAACGGGUGGCCCAGGGAAGGUGGCCAAGCUCAUGGGUCCUCCUCCACCCGGUGUUAGGGCACCGACGGUCAACAGUGGCGUCAAUCUGUCACCGGUGCCAGUCCCCGCUUCUCUUCACGAGGACAUCCCGGUCUGCCCCAUCACUUGCUUGGGAGACUUGGCGUACCACACUCCACUGGCCCGACAGCACACGCCGGUCGACCUGGUCAUUGCCCUCUCAACGCCGUCCCACCCCACUCCCAUAUCUGGCGGUGGCGCGAACGGCCUGCCACUGAAGACCCGGCUCAUGCGAACGGCACUGCAGUUUGUCCUAGCCUGCAUGGGACCCAAGGACCGAGUGGCGUUUGUCGCAACCGAGCUGGGUACUCAGGGUGUGGUUCGCAAGACACCACUCCUCAAUGCCACGCAUCACGACAGCCGCAAGCGUCUCGAGGCGUUUGUCGAUGGCCUCGGUAUCGGCAAGAUCGACGACGACGAGUUCGAAGUCGAGAUUACAAAAGACGAGCGUCCAGACGUCGUGACUGCCGUAAAUGUGGCACUCGAUGUCAUCCUGCAGCGCAAGGUCAAGAACCCGCUGUGCGGCUUUGUUCUCAUCAGCGACACGGCCGAACAGAUCAAGAGGUCUCAGAUGGACUUGGUCACCGCGCGAUUGGAUGCUGCAAAGGUACCUGUUCACACGUUUGGCUAUGGCAAGGCCCAUGACCCGUCACCACUGUGGAUGAUCUCGAACCACACGCAUGGCACCUACACCUUUGUCAAGGAGUGGUACCACCUUCGCGAUGCCCUUGCGGGUGCCAUCGGUGGCAUUAUGUCUAUCGCGCUCACAAGCAUGAAGCUGCGACUCACCUGCCAGGACAACGACUUCCGCGUCACCAAGGUGUCUGGCACCUCGCAGGCUGUCAUUUCGACCUCGGGCAAGGAUAUCGACAUUGACCUCCAUGAAGUGCGCCAUGGCGAACGCCGUGAGAUCCUGAUCGAGAUGGAGCUCGACUGCGGUCCUGGAGGUGAAGGGAGCGAGGAGCAAGGUGACGACGGCGUCAGCCUCAACCGCCACCAGAGCAUGGUCUCCUCUGGUGGCAGCCUUCGCAGCCGUCCCAGCCUCAAUGUGCACAACAUCAACGGACUCGGCGGUGCCCUUGACGCGCUGGCUAUGAGCGACCCGUCGGUUAUCCAGAGUGUCGUGUCCCGCAGCACCUACCCUGAGGGCGUGGUUGAGGAGGUGCCCGUGGUCGAAGUCGACUGCAGCUUCCACGACCCGCUGGCUGGCAGGAGUGCCGCUCGCCUCGCACACCCGGUGCUGCUUGCGCUUCCGGUCCUCCCGCCGUCCGCCGCUCCCAGCACGUCGUCGUCUGAACCGAGCAUUGUCCGCCGCCGCAUGGAGCUCCUGGCCAGUGACAUGAUUACCCGCGCGCUUCUGAUCGCCUCACGCAAGAACUUUGGCCACGCGACGCGUAUCCUCCGCGAGACGAAGCGCAUCAUUGAGACGAUCGCCGACAGCACUCGUCAGAACAUGCCCAGCCCGGCCGAGGCGCGCUCCCGCUUCGAGAUUGCCACGGUGCUUGCUGUCGACGGACUGGCAUCCACGAUCCAGGACGUUGACAUGUUCCUCGACGGCCUCGAGGUCAGCAAGGAGAUGUUUGAGAUGGACCACCGUAAUUACGCUGCUCAGCAGGCUGUCAUCCUCCGCACGCAACAGAGCUGGACGAACCGUACGCCGACCGAGCUCCACUACGCGACGCAGGACGUCAAGGACCUCAUCCAGGCGAGCAGUGACUACUCUCCACGAACAUGA